GUGCAAGGGGUUGCGAGAGACACACCACCGCCCUUCCCAAUCGAGGGCCUUCGCGCCCCUUAUAAGCCUGUUCCUAUCCAGACCCCGCCACUACAACCCCCCCAGGGUCAAAUAACGCCCCCCCCGCCCUGUUAAUUUCUGGGAAUCGCGUCUUUCUUCAUCGCCCCACCCCGCCACCGCCCGACACUUGAGUGACUCUGGUGGCCCUCCCUAUCUCUUCUUCAGCCCCAUGGAGACAACCCUCUCGCCUUCUUCCUCCCCGCAAAUGCUCCCCCUCACAAAGCUUACCACCCCCGCCGCUGCCGCCAUGACACUCAUGUGGGGCGGGGGAGGAAGAGAGGAAAUCUAGAGGAGGAAGAGGGAAGCGGGAGGGAAGCACUUACUCCAUCCUUCUCAGAUGUCCCUCGCCAACUUCUUUCCUUGCCUGCCUGUCAGCCGCUGCAGCUGCCUGGCCUGGCCUGGCCCCCGCAGCGCUCGCCUUCUCCGCGCUGCCGCCGCCCGCAGGGAGCCGGAUAGAGCAUCACCGGCCGGUUAACAUACAAAUCCAGAUGAAUAAAUUAAUGAGAACAUGGUUUCUCCACCAAAUAAACUUCCUCAGUGGAUGACUGAACAGAACAAAGUGCAUGCUCUGGUUGACACAAAGAAGAAUCCAGUCCAUCGGAGUGUUCUGGAAGACAACCUUCCUUUCUUAGAAUUCCAUGGUUCCAUUGUUUACAGCUAUAAUGCCAGUGAUUGUUCCUUACUCUCUGAAGAUAUUGUUACAACCUUGCCUGAUGGAGUUGUGCUAGGAUUUGACAUUGAAUGGCCACCGUCCUAUACAAAAGGGAAGGAAGGGAAAGUUGCUUUAAUCCAGCUGUGCGAGUCUGAGAAGAAAUGUUACCUGUUUCAUGUCUCUUCGAUGUCAAACUUUCCUGUGGGACUCAGAAGAUUGCUGGAAGAUAAACGGAUUAAGAAGGCUGGGGUUGGUAUUGAAGGAGAUAAAUGGAAGCUAAUGCGAGAUUUUGAAGUCAAGUUGGAAAACCUUGUCGAGUUGGCUGACCUUGCCAAUGAAAAGCUAAAAUGUAAAGAGAUAUGGAGUCUGAACGAUCUAGUAAAGCAUUUGUUCCACAAUCAGCUUUUGAAAGACAAACAAGUUCGCUGUGGUAACUGGGAACAAUUUCCACUUACUGAGGAGCAGAAGCUGUAUGCAGCUACAGAUGCUUAUGCUGGCUUCCUCAUUUAUCAAAAACUAGCAGCUAUGAGUAGUCCCAAGCAGAUGCUGCUCAAUGUGGAAAAAGAUGGGGCACUAAUGCCGAGUAAAAUAAAGAAGGAGCUGGCUUCCUUAUCAGAGGAGAUGAUGGAUAUGGCUAAUUGUCUUCCAGGCAAAUUUGAACACUCUACAAAUAUUCAAAGAGCUGUAGAAAUAUUGGCUGAUGUAUCAGAAAACAUUGAUGCCCUAAGAAAAGCAUUGCAUCUUGAGUCUAACUGUCAAGCAGAACCGGGAAAUGUUGCCGAUCCAGAUACGAUGUGUAGUAAAGAAGAGUUGCUUUCCGAAAUCAUGUGUGAUUCAAAUGAUUUCACGGAUCGUAAUCUAGGUGGUGUUCAGACCAAGAUGGAAGAUGAAGGUGAAGAUGAAGCAGAACUUAAUCAGAAAGAACAGAUUGAUGGUGCUUCAGACAGAGGACCUAACAAAACUGCAGAAAAAGGAUUUUUAAUGUCACUAGAUAUAACUGAAUAUGAACUUCAAAUGCUGGAGCAUCAGGCUGAGGAAGAGCUGCUAAAUGAAAGGACAUAUAUAUCUCAGGAUUUAAGCUUCACAGAGGAUGAAGAGAAUCCUCCCUGCACCAUUGAAAGUGAUGAUGAACUUGAAAUGGAGAUGCUUAAAUCUUUAGAAGGUUUAGACAAGUGCAAGAUGGGUUUGACUGAUUCUAGUCUGCAUAAAGCAAAGAGGCAAGAUGACCUCAUUGCAGAUGACGAGGAUGAAGAUGAAGGCAUUGAGGAGGAAGAGGAGCAUUGGGAUUCCUUUUUGCCUGGACCUAAUGCUGAACAAAUAGCAUGCCUAAAGAUGUAUUUUGGCCAUUCAUGUUUUAAACCGGUCCAGUGGAAAGUGAUAUCUUCAGUUUUGCAAGACAGAAGGGACAAUCUUGUUGUGAUGGCAACGGGAUAUGGGAAGAGUUUGUGCUUUCAAUUUCCACCCAUAUACACUGGAGGUACUGGAAUAGUGAUCUCUCCUCUUAUUUCUUUGAUGGAGGACCAAGUACUGCAGCUUGAGAUGUCAGGAAUUAAAGCUUGCCUACUUGGAUCAGCACAGUCAAAAAAUGUCAGGGGGGAAAUCAAAGCGGGCCAUUAUAGAGUUAUCUACAUAACUCCAGAAUUCUGUUCAGGAAACUUGUCAUGGCUUGAAGAACUUGACCAAACAAUUGGUAUCACACUGAUAGCUGUUGAUGAAGCUCACUGUAUUUCUGAAUGGGGACAUGACUUCAGGAAUUCAUUCAGGUCUUUGGGAUUGUUAAAGAAAACACUUCCUAAGGUUCCUAUUGUUGCAUUAACUGCAACAGCAAGCCCAUCCAUCAGGGAGGACAUAGUAGAUUGUCUACAUCUGAAGACUCCUCAGGUCACAUGUACUAGUUUUGACCGGCCUAACCUAUACUUGGAAGUUCAGUGGAAAAGUGGAAAUAUCAUUCGGGAUUUGCAGCAGUUUCUUUUGAAAAAGGAUAGAUCUUAUGAAUUUGAAGGCCCCACUAUUAUUUACUGCCCUUCAAGGAAGACCACUGAACAUGUAGCCAGAGAGCUGACAAAAUUAAACCUUUCUUGCGGUACAUAUCAUGCUGGCAUGGGAAUCAAAGCAAGGCGAGAUGUCCACCAUAGAUUCAUGAGAGAUGAAAUUCAGUGUGUAGUAGCAACUGUAGCCUUUGGAAUGGGCAUCAAUAAAGCAGACAUCCGGACAGUUAUUCAUUAUGGAGCUCCAAAGGAAAUGGAAUCAUACUACCAGGAAAUUGGAAGGGCUGGUCGUGAUGGGCUUCCUGCCUUUUGCUAUGUAUUGUGGACCCAGGCUGACAUGAGUUUCAACAGACACUUGCUCAAUGAGAUACAUAAUGAAAGGUUUCGCUUGUACAAACUGAAGAUGAUGGCCAAGAUUGAGAAGUACUUGAGCCUGAACAGCUGCCGGCGAAAAAUCAUCUUGUCUCAUUUUGAAGACAAACAACUCCGAAAGGCCUCGUUGGGCAUCAUGGGAACAGAAAAAUGUUGUGAUAAUUGCAGAUCCAGGAACAUUCACAGUACUCCUGUGAUUGACAAAGAAGAUAGUUUGCAGGAUUUUGGUCAGCAAGCAUACCAACUGAUGUCUGCAAUAUAUGCCUUAAAUGAGAAGUUUGGCAUGGGUGUUCCAGUGCUGUUUCUCAGAGGAUCUAAUUCUCAACGCCUCCCAGACAAAUAUCGAAAUCAUGCUCUCUAUGGCAGUGGAAAGGACUGGCCAGAGAACUCAUGGAAAGCAUUGGGUCGACAGCUUAUCAUGGAGGGCUUUCUUAAAGAGGUUUCUGGUCAAAGCAAAUUUGCAACCACAAUCAUGCUUACUAAGAAGGGUAAUGAUUGGUUUAGUAACGCUAGAAAGGCGUCAGGACGAAGACUUCUGCUUCCGUCUGAGGAACUGUAUGUAAGGAAAUCUGUUGUAAGCCAUAAACAGACACCUUCAGCCACAGGACAUUUCUCCAACACAACAUUACCCAAGUUAACACCAGAAAAGCAGACAUCUCUGAAAGAAACGUUCUCCUAUAGAGAAGCAAGUAAAGUCUCUAAAGGGAGGACACUCUCAGAUAAAAGUGCCAUAGUGCAGUCACCAUCUAAACUACUUCCUGUGCCCCUGAACCCUGAAGAAUCUGCUGUAUCGCGAAGGGAGAAAGAAUUGCAAACAGUGCUGUACGGUAAAUUGGUUGCAGCCAGGCAGAAGCUAGCCAAUGAGAAGGACAUCCCUCCAGCUGUAUUAGCAACAAACAAAGUGCUGGUCAAUAUGACUAUGACAAGGCCUACAACUGUGGAAAAUGUUAAGAGUGUUGAUGGUGUUUCGGAAGCAAAAUCUGUGAUGUUGGUUCCCCUCCUGAACACAAUCAAGGAGUUCUGCCAAGCAAAUGGCCUGCAGAUGGAUAUCAUCAAGACUUCCAGAUCUAGAGAUCAUCCACAAAUAGGUCUCCAGAAGGAUGGUGGAUGCGGCACCUUAACAGAUUCAGAGCACAUAACUUACACAUUGUUUCAAGAAAAGAAUAUGUCCUUGAAAAGUAUAAGUGAGAGUCGGUCUUUACCUCUUUCAGUGGUUGGAACACAUUUAUUUCAAGCUUUGAAAGCUGGAUACCCAGUUAAUUUAGAACGUGCUGGUCUGACUCAUGAGGUACAAGAGAUGAUAACUAAAGUAAUUCAAAAUCCUCCCAUCAACUCUGAUAUAACAAGAAUACAAGAUAUUAGAACCCUGCUCCCAGCAAACAUAGAACUGUAUCAUGUAAGAAUGACAAUUGCGCAGCUGGAGAAAGUGUACAGAAGUCAGCAGCUGGGCCAGCAGAAUUAUUCAGAGAAGCAAGGACCACCUCAAGAAUCUGGAUGUCUACAGCCAAGUACAGGAUCCUCACAGAAGAACAGAGAAAUCCUGUGGAUUGAAACAAAGGGAGAUUCAAUCAAGACAGCUAUACAUAAACCUGAUUCUGGGUCCAAUGAAAGUAUAAAGCAAGAUACCUCCUAUACAGAUUCUUCAUCUUUGAAGGCAAAGAUCACAAAAAGCAAUAGUGAAGAGCAUUUCUCUGGUGCCAAACAGGAUGUCCGGAGCCAUCAGACCUCCAUCAAAUUGGCUUCUUGGAAUCAGCCUUCACUUAGUCCCGAGGAAGAAGAACUCUUUACUGAUUUUCAGUCACAGACUUUAUCACAGCCUUCAAAGAGAAAGUUACCAGAGUGGUUUGAAACUUCUAAGGGAACUGUUCCUCAUGUUAAUACUUCCAAGAAGUCCAAGGGUGGAGGAAGCAAAGGUCUCUUUGGUUGAAUUUGGGAGGAGAUACAUAAAAAACUCUGGAUCUACUCUUUUGAAGUUCAUUUGCCAAUUUUAUUGAAACUCACGGAAAUGUACAAUAUAUUAAAUGUAUAACAUAUUGUACAAUAUAUUAAUACCUUUUUCAAAAUAGAGAUAAUUGGCAUGGGGGAAGGAAGCCUUUAGGUUUGGUUUUUUUUUUCAUGUAAAAGCAUUACUGGAUAGAAGCUUUAAAAGUAGCUCUGAGCAUCCAGUUCAUAUACAUGUUGCAUCAAGGCCUGAAACUUGAGCCCAAGCAAAGAAAGAAGCAAAAAGGAAAAGAAAAGAUCAAUAGACUGUCUGGUUAUAUUGUGUUGCAAGGUUUCUGUUAACCUGAGGUAAAGGACAUUGUCUGAAUAUACUUUCAGUUAUAGCUAAAGUCCAGGGAAGGUGAAUGUAUCAUUUCAUUCUUCCUCAGCUGCACUGCUGACAGGACUGUAGCUCCACAUAGUUGUUCGUUGUUCUUUAAAGAAGCCAUUCCUAUGGAAAAUAUGAUCAACAAUAGGAUAUUGUAAUUCAUAUGUAAACUGUCAUUUUUCUUAUUAUGAUUAUGAUUAUUAUUAACAUUAGUUUCUUUAAUUUCAAUUGCUUUUGGCACCUUUAAAAAUAAAAAAUAAACUUGUUUAUAAUUAAAA